GAUAAAGAGCCUCUGACGAACAGAAACUCCUCAGAAACCCUGAACUGUGGCUGCAGUCAGCCGUGAGUCUCGUGCUGCAUUCUCAGUGUGUUUAUGAGUUUGUAUCGUUGUUGUUUGUUGUGUUUUAAUCAUGUCUGACGCUGAAGAGUUCACUCGGACUGAUCUGGACGUGAGAGUCGAUUCAGAGGAUUCUCCAGAACCCGUCAGGGCCGAUCCAGACCCAUGCCAUGAGCCGAGAUCACUGACCAGUGACAAUCACAGCGGAGAGGAAUCAGAGAUGAGCUUAUGUGUGGCGUUCACACAAAACACGUCUGCUCCCACUGUGUCUGAAUCUCACAUGGAGCUGGAGUCGACAGAGAAUCAAAGUGCCACAGAUGUCACAGACACUCACACUGAGGAUCAGAAUGAAGAUGGUCUGAUGAAGGAAUCAAACUUCAUCUCAUCUGAUCCAGUAAACACAGUCACAGACAGGCAGUGUGUGUCUGAUGUUCCCAGUGAGAAUGAUGUUGGAGGAGAGAUUCCCACAGUGUCUCAGACAGAGACUAAAACCAGCAGACAGAAGGUUCUGAAGAAUUUACACAUGUGUGUUCCUGAAACAUUAGAAAUUCUACAAGCUAAAGAUGUCUCACAACUCUACAGUGAGAUACAGUACAGAGAGGAGGGCAGGAGAGAUCUGUGCAUGAAUUUAUAUUCACUGAUGCCAGAAACACAAGAGACUCAGUUUGCUAAAGAGAUCUCACAGCUACAAAGUCAGAUAAAGUAUAAAUCUGAUGGGAUGAAGAAACUGUCGUCUAGUUUGUACUCUCAGCUGCCCGACACGAUAGAAACUCAACACGCCAAACAAAUGACAGAUCUACAGAGCGACAAUAAAUAUAAAGAAGCUGGAAGAAAAGACAUGUCUAAAAGUCUGUACUCACAACUGACAGAAACACUGGAGACACAACACGCUAAAGACGCAUAUGAGCUACAGAGUGAGCUGAAGUAUAAGGAAGGACAGCAGUGUGCAUCCAGCUCUCUGUUCUCCACACUGCCCGAGACUCCUGACAUUCAGUUCGCCAGAGAAAUGACGGAGACCGUCAGUGAGAAUAAAUACCGCGAGCAUGGUAAGAAGAGCAUCAGCAGCAGUAUUUACUCUCAACUACCUGAAACGACAGAAACACAAUUCAACAAAAGCAUCAGUGAACUACAGAGUCAGGUGAAAUAUAAAGAAGCGGGUUUGAAGCAGAUGUGCAGUUCUCUGUAUCAUCAGCUGCCUGAAACUCUAGAAACUCAACACGCUAAAGAAGCUUCACAACUCCAGAGUGAGUUGAAGUACCGAGAGGGCCGAGCGUCCGUGAAGGGCAGUAAUUUAUACUCGCUGAUGUCAGAGACGCCUCACAAUGAGUUUAUGAAGCAGCAGAUGGAUCUUCAGAGUGAGGUGAAAUAUAAAUCAGAUCUGAAGGAAAACUCCAGUAAUCUUUAUUCUCUUAUGCCUGAAACACUCGAGACACAGUUCGCCAAACAAACGGCUGACAUGCAGAGUGACGUGAAAUAUAAAGAAGCGGGUUUGAAGCAGAUGUGCAGUUCUCUGUAUCAUCAGCUGCCUGAAACUCUAGAAACUCAACACGCUAAAGAAGCUUCACAACUCCAGAGUGAGGUCGUGUAUAAAGGUGUCGGGAAGAGAGAUUUCUCUGGUUCAUCGUUCACAGCCGUUCCUGAUUCAGCACAGAUGAAGUUUGUUCAGGAGGUUUCUCAAAUACUCAGUGAGAAUAAAUACCGUGAGGAGGGCCGGAAAAACCUCUCGUGCAGUGUUUAUUCUCAGCUGAAAGAAACUCCGGAGACUCAGUUUGUCAAAUCCGUGUCUGAACUGCAGAGUCAGGUGAAAUAUAAGUCGUGUGGUAAACAGCAUGUGAACGGCUCACUGUACUCCACACUGCCAGAGACACUGGACACACAACACGCUAAACACGCCAAUGACAUCAUCAGUGAGGUGAAAUAUAAAGAGGGCAGCAGACAGAGUUUGUGCAGUCCACUGUUCACUCGACUGCCUGAGACACUGCAGACGCAGACGGCCAGAGAGAUCGCAGACGUACAGAGUGAGGUCAGAUAUAAGCAGAAAGAUGAUGCUGUCAGUCUGUAUUCACUGCUGCCUCAGACUGCAGAAACACAGUUGGCCAAACACAUGACUGACAUUCAGAGCGAGAUUCAGUACAAACAGGACGGGAAGAAGGAAGUGGAGAGUAAUCUGUACAGUCUGAUGCCACAGACACUUGAAACGCAACAUGCUAAAGAUGCUUACGAGCUGCAGAGUCACGUGAAAUAUAAAGAGAAGCACAAAACAGACUCAUCCCUGUACGCUCAGCUGUCUGAAACACUGGAGACUCAACACGCCAAACACACGGCACAGAUACAGAGCCAGGUGAAGUAUAAAGAGGAUGUGAUGAAGAAUCUGGCCUCAUCAUUAUACUCACAGAUGGCCGACACACCAGAGAUUCAGAUGAAUAAAGACAUCAGUGCACUGCAGAGUCAGGUGAAGUAUAAGACCGACGGACGGCAGAUCAUGAGUUCUAGUGUUUAUUCACAGCUGACAGAAACUCCAGAGAUUGAGUUUAUAAAGACAGUGACUGAUCUACAGAGUGAUGUGAAAUAUAAAGAAGCGGGUUUGAAGCAGAUGUGCAGUUCUCUGUAUCAUCAGCUGCCUGAAACUCUAGAAACUCAACACGCUAAAGAAGCUUCACAACUCCAGAGUGAGGUGAAGUAUAAAGAGAGCGGGAAGAAAGAAAACUCGUCCUCUCUUUAUUCACGGCUGCCAGAGACUCCACAAACACAACUGGCCAAAGAACUGAGCGAUAUUUACAGUGUGGUCAGAUAUAAAGAGGGCAGUAAGCGAGAGAUCUCGUCGUGUCUUUAUUCACUUCUGCCUGAGACUCUGGAAACACAACACGCCAAACAGCAGUCUGAACAACAGAGUCAGAAUAAUUACAGGAGAGAGACUCAAGCGGAGCUGCCCAACUGUCUGUACUCUCAACUACCAGAAACAAUCCAAACACACUUUGUGAAAGAACUGACGCCACUCAUCAGCGAGAGUAAAUACAGAGAGUCUGGUAAGAAGGAGGCCAGCACGUCUCUCUAUCACACACUAGCAGAAACUAAAGACACUCAACACGCCAGAGACGCGUCAGACAUACAGAGCGAGAUCAAAUAUAAAGCGGGACAGAAGCUGCUGUCAUCCAGUAUUUACUCUCAACUGCCUCAAACACCACAGACAGAGUUUGCUGCCAAAAUCACUGAACUACAGAGUGAUAAUAAAUACAAAGAGGAAGUGAAGAAGAGCAUCUCUAGUUCUGUGUAUUCUCAACUGCCCGAGACGACCGAGACUCAGUUCGCCAGAACCGUGACUGACCUACAGAGCGACAGUAAAUAUAAAGAGGCGUGUGUGAAGGACGUGUCGAGCGCUCUGUACACACUGCUGCCAGAAACACGGGACACACAACAUGCUAAAGAUGUGUCACACAUGCUGAGUGAGAGAAAAUACAAACAAGACGCACAGAAAGAGAUCUCCCACAGUCUGUACUCACUGAUGCCUGAGACUGCCGAAACUCAACACGCCAAACACGUCUCUGAACAUCUGAGCCAGAAUAAAUACAAGCAGCACAAUUCCAGCUGCAUUUACUCACAGCUGCCGCAGACGCAGGAAAUACAGUUUGCCAAGCAGAUGGCCGAACUUCAGAGUGACAAUAAUUACAGGAGAGAGACUCAAGCGGAGCUGCCCAACUGUCUGUACUCUCAACUACCAGAAACAAUCCAAACACACUUUGUGAAAGAAUUGACGCCACUCAUCAGCGAGAAUAAAUAUAAAGAGGAAGGAAAGAAGCAGCUGAAGGACUGUCUGUAUGCACACCUGCCGCAAACCACAGAAACACAACACGCCAAAGAGCUGACACAACUCUACAGUCAGAAGAGCUACAGAGAAUCAGGCAAACAGGAAACACAAUCGUGUCUGUACACUCAGAUGCCACAAACGAUUGACACGGUGUUUGCUAAAGAAGUGUCCAAACAACAGAGUGACAAAGUGUAUAAGGAGAAGUUUAACGCAGAGAAAGGAAAAUCAGAGCACACACACAUGAAGGACCUGCCUGAUGUUACACACGCUAUACAUGUCAACAAACAACAGAGUGAUGUGACGUAUCGCAGAGGAAAAGAUCAACUUCAUAAAUACAGUGAAGUAACAGACAGACCUGAUAUACUGAAUGCCACACAGGCCAGCAAACUCGCCAGUGAUGUGGCCUAUAGGAGUAAGAGUAAAACGGACACGUUUGAAGAGCGCACGCUGCUCGAGCGACCGGACAUAAAACACGCCAAACAAGCAACCAAACUCGCCAGUCAGGUGAAUUACAAGCAGCAGUUUGAGAAAGAUCUGAAAGGACAAAGGCCACAAUACAAUCCAAAAGAGUGUGUGAGCUUCAAACACACACAGACUGCAGCGGCACUGGCCAGUCAGGUGAAAUACAACCAGAGAACAUUUGAAGCGGUCACAGAUUUACCCAACCUGCUUCACCUGGGUCACGCGCUCUACGCCAGCAAACUACAGAGCAAUGUUGAAUACAGGAAGAAGUAUGAGCAGUCAAAGGGGCGGUACCACUUCACUCUGGACACGGCAGAACAGCGCCACCAUAAGGAGAACACAGUGCUGCACAGUCAGGUGAAAUAUAAAGAGGAUUAUGAGAAGAGUCGGGGGAAAUCGCAGCUGGAGUUUGUGGACACUCAGUCUUAUAAAGUGUCUAAAGAAGCUCAGAAGCUGCAGAGCGAGAACGAGUAUCGUAAGGAGUAUGAGAACACUAUUAAAGGCACAGUUCAGCUGGAGGUGGAUCUGACACCUGCGUAUCUCACCGCUCGCAACGCCAGCAGCCUCAUGAAUCAGAAGGAAUACCGUAAGGAUCUGGAGCUGGAGGUGAGGGGUAAAGGCCUGACGGAUCUUGAGGAAACACCUGAACUGCUGCGGGUCAAAAACGCUGGACACAUUCUCAGUGAGAAAGAAUAUCGUAAAGAUCUGGAGCAAGAGAUCAGAGGGAAGAGAUCAGACGUCUCGUCAGACUGUAUGGACAUCCAGAGAGCAAAGAAAGCAUCUGAGAUCAGCAGCGACGUGUCGUACAGACAGUCGUCUCAGCUGAGAGAAUCAUCAUAUGGUACAGUGACAGACACACCUGCACUACUGCACGCCGCGUAUCUGAAAGACAUCUACAGCCAGAAGAAGUAUCGUGGUGAUGCAGAGCGGAUGAAGGUUUCAUGUGCUGCUGGAUCAGACACUCCAGAGAUACAGAGAGUGAAAAACAACCAGCGCAACAUCAGCGCACUGCUGUACACAUGGGACUGUAAGCUGUUGAGAGGUCUGACAUCAUCAGUCACUGACACUCCAGAGAUCAAACUGGCUCGAGAAAACACUAAAAACUUCAGUGACAUUCAGUACAGAGAGUGUGUGGGAUCAGGAACUGCAGUCACACACACACCUGAGAUGGAGAGAGUCCGCAGAAACCAGGAGAAUAUCAGUACUGUGAAAUAUAAGGAUGCAGUAGAUCGGGUUAGUGUGGGUGUGACACCAGAACUGGAGCGAGUCAAACAGAACCAACAGAACAUCAGCUCGGUGCAGUAUCAGCGGGAUUUGCAGGAGGUCAAAGGUCACUCAUGCUCAGAGUUGGAUACACCUGAAAUGAGGCGUGUGCGGCAAUCACAGGACUCUGUUUCCAUGGCGAAGUAUCACGAGGAGUUUGAGCGGACACGGGGUCGAGGUGCCGCCCACACCCUCGAUGAGCAGCACAUGGCCCAUCUCCAUGGAAACCACCAGAUGGGUGGCAGUGAGGGUUACCAUGGCAUCCCACCGCAGGUGGUGGAGAUGGACCGCAGAUCAGCCGGCGCCGCCGAGUUGAAGGUUUGGAGGACUGAUCCGGGAUCAAUCUUUGAUUUUGACCCAGUGGAGGACAAUAUUCAAUCUAAAAGUCUGCGCAGAAUGACGGAGCGUGUGAGUCGUUUGACUCAGCAGCCGUCUGCGCAGUCGGUGCCGUCUCGAGCACCAUCGGAGAGCAGUUCUCUGGCCUCAGAGUUCUGGAGCGGUUCUGUGUACAGCAGCAGUGGUUCUGUUUUGCAGGAGAGAUCCGCUUCAGGUGUUUACCAGCAGGGCGGCGGUCAUCAUCACACCCCUCAUCCUCAUCAGCAGAGUUACAGACACACGCAGCCCAUCCGCAGCGUUCAGUCACCUCCACAAUCUGCUGGCAUGAGGGUGUAUCGAGCGCUGUACGAUUACGCUGCUCAAGAUCACGACGAGGUUUCGUUCCGUGACGGUGACGUGAUCAUAAAUGCUCAGCACAUUGAUGAGGGAUGGAUGUUCGGCACCGUUCAGCGGACGGGAAAGUCCGGCAUGCUUCCUGCCAAUUAUGUGGAAUGUUUCAACUGAGACAUGCCUCUCGUUUAUUAGUAAACGAUUAUUACAUUAUCACACCUGCUUCUGACACACUCAUGUUUUCACACAGUAGUUUAUCUUCCUUUAGCUUCCAUCACCGAAAUGAUUUUUUCUACUGACAUCAGCACAGAUAUCAGCGAGCAUGCAAAGAACAUGACACGUGAGAGAGAUGAUCACACAAGGGUUUAGUAGGAGGAAGUGAUGUCGUGUGUUUGGUCAGAUGUUUAAAUCACAAUGAGUGAAAAGUUAGACUAACAUGACAGUCUACACAUCAACAUAACUUUUUCAUGUGUCAUUUUGGUAGUCAUCAUUAUUAGGCGUGUUAUUACACUUCAACAAAUCAGGUUCAUGUUGGUUUGUGACAUCAUGAAUCAUCUUCUGUAUGUAGAAACUGAGCUCCUUUUCUUUUUGUGUUUUGAUUUUUAAUGUGUGUAGAAUUGUGCUUUAGAAAAGCAAAGUUAUAAGCAGCAUUUGAUGCCUUUUCUGUUCACUACUCAUUUGUGUUUUCUGCAACUCGUCACACUAGUUUGAUUUGCAUGAAGGGCAUGUUAACAGAUCAGCAAAACCUUUUAAUCAGGGUGAACAACACACAGCAUCAUUAUUUCAUCAUGAUAAAAGUGUCCGGUCGCAUCACUGUAUGUCCACUAAAUGACGUCAUUAAUACUCAUAGAAAUAUAUGAGCUCACUUUAUUGUUUUUUCAUCUGCUGAUACAUAAGAGAUGUAGUUGAGGUCAUGUGAUCUAAAGUGACUGUACUUCUCAUUAAUUUAUCUUUUAGCACAUAAACUAAUUGCACGUGGUGACAGGACUGUAAAUAUGGUCUGUAACGUCUCAGUAGAACAUCUUUAUCUCAUAACUUCUGAUUGCACUGAUGCAUAUAGUCCAAAUCAGAGUGUGUGUGUUUCAAAAUAACUUCUGAUCAAUCGAGGAGCUGCAUUUGUAAUUCUACAUCAUAUAAACUUGUGCUAUAGAAGUUAUUCUGGCUUAUGUUUUAAUCACCCUGAAGACACAAAAAUCUGUGUAAUAUAAACUGCAUAAACUCUGAGAGCAGGUGAUGUACAGUAUGUGAGAAAUGCAUGAAAGCAGAUGAAGUGUAAGCUCAUUAUCAGCCGGUUUGAGAGAGAUGUCGCUGUCAGAGAAGACAGAUCAUUUAAAGUGCUGAAGUUUGGCUUUUGGGUUUGUUGUGUUCAACAGGACUAUUGUUCAAGUUAUCACAGGUUUUUUGGUUUGUUUUUGUGUUUUAAGUAUUCUGACAUUACUUCAAAUUAAAAUCCUCUAAAAUCUUCAUCUUUAUUUACCCUCAUCACUGUUUUUCUUAACAUUAUAUUACUUGUAGUGUUUCACUAUUAUGGAAAUAAAAGGCUUUGUCCAGCA